UAACAAUAGGACCGUUCGAUUGACGCAAGUGCUGCGCAAGAGUUGACAGUGAGAGGUUCCCAGUUCCCAGUGUUCGACAUGACGGAUAUCUAGACAAAACAUGUCGACGCCAUUAUUAAGACAGUCAUGGACGAUGUCAGCGGUGCUGAUCAACAUGUUCGGCCAGGGUCUGGUGCUGAGCUUCCCGUCCAGCCUGCUGCCGGCUCUCCAACACCCUGACUCCCCCAUCAGGGUUGACCUGGACACAGCCUCGUGGCUAGGGUCUAUCGCGGGCGUCGCUGGAAUCCCAGGAUUCCUUACAUCCUCAUUUCUCAUGGACCUCUACGGAAGGAAACUGACUCACUUCCUGGUGAUCUUGCCCGCUGUGGUGGGCUGGCUCAUGAUCCACUUCGCCAAUAACGUCACAUGUCUCAUGAUUGGCAGAUUCCUAUGUGGACUAUCUGGUUCAGCCACCGUCUCCUUGGGAGCCAUAGUUAUCGGAGAAUAUACCAGCCCUAAAUACAGAGGGGUGUUUCUUUACUUGAAAAAUGCUGCAGUUUGCUUGGGAGCUUUGUUUAUGCAUAUUAUAACCGGAUUUCUACAUUGGAGGACUAUAUCAUUAGUAGCUGUAAUACCAUUCCUAAUAGCCUUAUUUAUCGUGUAUACAUGGCCCGAGAGUCCCGCAUGGCUGGUGAAGAAACAGCAGUACGAUAAGAGUGAGAAAGCCUUCUACUGGCUUCGAGGAAAAACUGAAGAAUCGUGCAGAGAAAUAAAAGACACCAUCAGAGCUCAAAAGGAACGUCUAUCAAAACCAAAAUUGCAGCAAACUUACGUUGAGAAAACGAUGAACUUCUUUAAGAAAUUCACUCAGAAGGACUUUAUCAAACCGUUCAUAAUUAUCAUGCUUGCCUGUUUAGUACUCGAAAUGAGUUUGAGACAUGUUUUCCCAGCGUAUCUGCUCCAUAUUAUGUCUAAAAUUACGGGAGAGACUUCACAAUCAUUCUACUACACCCUGGGCUCAGAUAUCAUCAUCACGGGGAGUGCAGUGUUCGCAUCAGCUCUAGUGAAGAUUAUGAAUAGACGAACACUUCUAUUCUCCACCGGCUUCGCUGCUUUUGGAGUUCUGAUGGCAGUUUCCACGUACCUCUUCUUAGAAGACAAAGGCAUUAUUCCCGGAGACCGGCAAUGGAUACCAUUAUCAAUGCUAGUGUUCUACUUCAUGUUUGCAAAUUUGGGUUGUGCACCAAUACCCAUAGCUUUAGUUGGAGAAAUUUUUCCUUUAGCUCAUAGAGGAACAGGUCUAGCCUUAUCAGGAGUCUGGAUAGCAAUAUGCUUGAUGGCAGGAUUGCAAUCAACUCCACAUUUGAUAGACAGCAUCAAAGUAUACGGUUUCUUUGCUGUUUAUGGCAUAAUUAUGGGAAUCUCGCUUUUAAUGCUGUACUUUAUUCUGCCAGAAACCAAGGAUAGGACUCUGCAGGAAAUUGAGAAUUAUUUCAACUACGGAAGGUUCCAGAAUGUUGAUGAUGAGGAGGCGAAUACCAAGAUGAUAGAAUAUGGACGAACAGAAGAAUCAGUGGAUUUCAAUCAUAGUGAAUGUAUCACUACUCCAAAGAUAACUAAUAGUUUGUCAAUAAAUAAAUGAAUAACUUUUAUUUAAAAAUAAUUGUAUGAUGAUGAUGGAGCGUUGUUUAGUUAAUAUUUAUUAACUAAGUAUAAAAUAUGUGUUGUUAUUUAAUUAUUUUUAAAAUAAAUAUUUUCUGUACCAUGUA